AAACGCCAUACUUCUAAAAUGCUUUUUUCGGGCGAGUUUAUAUUAUCCGCAUAAUUCACGAAAUCAACGAAAACAAGUGUUGUACGAAUUUUAAAAUAUAUACGUAUACAAUUUGAAGGCAUGUUGUGGCCCCAUGACAUAACGUCAAAGUAAAAAACGCGCGAAAUCCAUGGAAAAACGAAAUUUUCUGGGAAAAAGCGAUAGGCAGGAAAAAAAUUCAAAGUGUGGUGAAUAAACGUUUUACGCAUUUUGUGCUGUGUGUGCAGCCCAUCAGCUGCGGCUGUCAAAAGUUAGCGUGCGUGGUGGGUUUUGAGGGUGGCCACAAAACAAGCCGAAAACAACAAAACAACACACACAACACAUUAAAAACUAUGCACAACAAUCUGUAAACAACUGCAAAUAGUGUGUGUGUGUGCGAGAGUGAGUGUUGUUUGUGUUUGAGAGUGCGAUAUGGAUAAUCGUUACAAAUGGCAACAGCAAAGAAUGGGCGGCAGAGGAGGCGGCGGCGGCGGCCCCCGCUAUAACAACUAUGGAAAGCAUAAUAAUAACAACAAUAACGGCAAUAACAAUUAUUGCGAACAACAACAGCACCACCAGCAGCACCAGCAGCAACACCAUCCGUCUUUAAGAGAUUGUGGCGGUGGAGGAGGCGCUUGGCAACCCGUUGAUUCGGAGCGCAGCUCGGAUGUGAUCACCUUAAUUGUGGAGAACAACAAUUUGAAGCGCAUGAUACUGCUGCACGUGAAUCUGAUGCAGGAGCAAACGGAUCAGCUUAAGGCCAAGGACAAGGAGUUGGACGAUCAAUGUGGAUGCAUUAAAACGUUGCUAUCACAAAAUCAGGAGCUGAUGCAGCAGAUUGCCAAACUGACUCAACGCAUCGAUGAUUUGCGACAACAGCUGCGAAUGCGGGUCAAGCGACCAGCGAACGAUAAUGAUGAAAUGCGGCAGCAACUAAAGGCAAAGCUGCAAUGUUUUGCUGAAAAGGAAACACAAACGUCGCUGGACCUACAGGAGGAAGAGGAUGAGUCACUGCUGCAGCAUUGUUAUCCCUCAAUGCAGUCGCCGCAGCAUGACGAACAGCCGCCCAAUGUUCUGGUCACGACGCAGUGUAGCAAAGGACGCGGCGAGUUCAAUGGUGGCAAAAAGGUUAGCACCAUUUUCCUGCAUCGCGUGAAUCAAGAGUCCAGUUUUCAACUGCAACACGGCGAGGAAGAACAUGAGUUAGAGGAAGAUGUGGAUGUUGAUGGCGUGAUGGAAGGGGUUGAGGAAGGAGAGGAAGAGGAGGAAGUAGAGGAGCAGGAUCAGCACCAUUUGGAGGAGCAGCAUAUCUAUCAUGAUGGCAUUGACACGCAUGAAAUGGAAGUUGUAACAGAAACUGAAAUUGGCGCCGAAGAAGAACUCCCCGAGGAAGCUACUGAGCAGCCGCAUGAAGAUAUCGAUCCUGUGAACAAUGGACACAUCUAUGAGGAAGAAGUUGUGGCUGAGGAAAUCAUCAAUAAUUGUGACGAACACAAUCUAUGGCAAGCGGGGGCGACACAUGAGGCUGAGGUGCCUGCUGCUGCUGUAGAGACUGAACAAGUGGUUGAAGAGGAGCAGCAGCAUCAGAUCUAUGUCACGGAGGAGGGUGACAUAGACGAGGUUGCCACAUUUGCACACUCAACGCCCCACCGCCCAACGUCAAGAGGAGCAACUCAAGAGCAGCACGAGGAGGAGCAUCCGGAGCAACAACAGGAGGUUGUAGAGGAAGCAAUAGAGGAGUCAGAACUACAUCUGGAGUAUGCAAUGAAGCAGUUGAACGAUACAGAAAAGGAAUGCCGGCAAUUGUUCAUUGAUUAUCAAGAGGAGCAGCAAGCCUUCGAGCAUAUCGUGAGCCGCAACAUGAAUCACACCACGCCCGUUAAAGCAACGACGGAGCUGGAGGAAGUUGCAAGUCCAGCGCUGCUAAAGACACAAAUAAAGCUGCCCACAGUUGCCAGCAAAGUGAUGGUGGCGAAUCAUCAAGAAACAAAGCAGCACCAACAUCAAAAGGAGCGGCUCGUCGUUAAGACCAAGCAAAAGGCAACAACGACAACACCAGUCAUAAAUGAUAAAGAGCUUUCGGGGCAACCAUGGAAGCAGGAACGUGAGCGGGAGUUGCAGCAGAAAGUUCGCGAUUUGAAGAAAGAGCAAGAAUUGCUCAAGGAACGUCAGUUACAGCAGGAGCGUGAGCUGCAGCUGAAGCAGGAGCAGGAAAAGCAAAAGGAACUAGAGCUACAAAAAGAGCGUGAGCUCGAGGCGGAACGUGAACUUCAAAAACAGCGCGAGGAGGAAGAAAAGCAAGAGCUGGAAAGGGCGAGAAAGUUGCAGAAGGAACAAGAACUCCAGAAGCAACUAGAACUUCAAAAGCAACAAGAGCAGCAGGAACGCGAAUUGGCGAAAAAAAGGGAACGCGAAUUGGCCGAACAAAAGGAACGUGAAUUGGCCGAACAAAAGGAACGCGAGCUGCAGCGUGAAAAAGAACUGAAGCGAGAGCAGAGGCAACGCGAGCGGGAAAAGGAACGUGAACGUGAACGCAAACAGCGUGAACAACGCAAGCGAGAACAACAAGAGAGCAAGCGGCAUACAGCGACAAAGCAGCCGGAACUCGAGCAACAACCCGAGCCCAAUAUUGAGGAAGAAGUGAAGCGAAAGCUGCAGGCGCAUCUGCAAAAGGAACAGCAGCGCUUACAUCAAAACCAGCAACUUCAACAGCAGCCGUUUGUCCGCCUGAAGAAGGCGACAUUGCAGCAGGCUCAAAGUUUAAUCUAUCCGCCAACGAUAACGCCAGCGCCGUCGCCCACAUAUGCAGCUGGAGCAUCGCCGAAGUUAAAGAUCAACAGCAACAGUACAAUAACGUCAGCGACAACGGUACCAACGGUGACAACAACGCCAUUGACACCGCAAUCGAUCAGCAGUGUGGGUAGCAAUAGUAACAGCAAAAGCGACAGCAACAUCAGUAGUAAUAGCAGCAACAACAACAAUAGACGUACAAUUAACAAUUGUGCGCCACAAACGUACAGCAAAGCGGGCAAACGGAGCAACAGCAGCACGUCGAGAUAUGUGACAUCCUUGCAGCCAUACACGACACGGUCGUGGGAGGAUCAAGAGUUUCACUGCGACAAUGAAUUCUUUCUGGAGGAGGCCGAAGAGCUCCUCGCCGAUCAUCCCAGCCUCGAGAUACCCAAAUGGAAGAUUGUCAAAUACAGCCCUAGCAGCGACAAUCGUGGCAUUGAAUCGAUAAGCGAUGCUGACUUUGUGCAACUUCACGAGAAACAAGUGCGUGAUGAGGUCGACCGCAAGAAGCGUGAUGCACGCGCUAUACGUGAUCAGAAUUAUUACGAAUCAUUGCGACAGCGACACAAUCAGGACGAGGUGCUGGUGCCGCUGGCACCAUUGCCGACAUCCACAUUUUAUCCACUGCCCAAUGACAUCGAGUAUGUACAGUUUGUCAGCGAGGUACCGGUGCAGGCGUUUGGCGAGAACAUGAUCAAUCUGAAGCCGGAGAAUGAGCAUUUCACGCUGCCCUGGCUGGAUGCUGCGACGGCGACGACAGCGAUCGCCAAGGCCAAAGCGGAAGCGUUGCCAGUGGCCACAUUGGAUAGCAAAAAGUUACCCACAACCAAUGCGGAGGCCAAAAUACUGCAGAACAAUUCCUCGUAUGUGUUCCUUAAACGACGCAAGCGGCAGCGGAAACGUUAAAGCAGCAGUCGCAACAAGAGCAACAAACUCAAAUGCCUGCAAAGCCUUUUAAAUUGACGUUGCUAUUGCUCACAUUUUUUUUCUACCUUUUUUUUUUGUAAUUUUAAUUUGUAAUAUUUAGUCCAACGCAGUCUUAAACAACUAGGCACUUUUUUUAAAUUUCAAAUGACGUAAUUAACUAUGUUAAAUAUUUAUAACCAUGUCAACAAAAGAAACAACAACAUCUCAGCUUUAUCACAACACAGAAAGCCAAUAAGAAUUGAUAAGCAAAACUGUCUAAAUUAUUUAUCAAAUUCAAUUGGCAUUAACAUUAUGAGCCCUUUUUUUUGUAUUUUUAAAUAUCAAUUUUUUUUUGUCGAUUGUACUAUUUUAUGCAUCUCUUUGUGUAGUUUUAAUUUGUUAUACGAACUUUCAGUCGAUGCUUCUGCCGAGCUUUGCUUCAAGCUGUGAGUGUGUGCGAGUUUUGUGUGUGUAUGAAUUAGUUACUCAGGUAUUUGUUGUGUACUGAAUCAAUUUGUCACAUUACAUGUAGAUUUUAUAGUGUGCUUGUUGUGCGUGUCUUGCAUAGUUUGUAUUGAAAUUGUAUCGUUAUUGAGAUGAAUGGGUAUGAGUGUUAUUAAAAACCGUUCUGUAGCAGAGUAACCGCAGAAGCAUUGAAUGGAUAAGAAGAAAAGCAAAGAUAAAUGAUCUGAUCUAAAAUUAUGUCAUCAUAUAUACUUAUUCUAAUUAUAUAGUUUCUAUUUGAAAUUGUUUUCAUUUUGGACAAUCGGAACUGCAUAGGAGGAAAAUAAUUUAACAAUAAAAUCACUUGAUUUUCAAGCUGUGUAAAAUGCAAAGUGUUUAUUCAACUGUAUAUUGUAUAUUUAAAUUAUCUUUUGCGCUAUGAUAGGAGCAGAGAUAAAAAUCUGUGUAAUAUCUACAUAAAUAUUUUAGUGCAAAGUGCAACGUCUCGGAGAAUUUGCAUUGCGAAUUUUUUUUUGGUAGUGCAGGCUUUAUCUGUACAUUUUGCUAGGCUCUAAGACCCCCUUAUAUAGAUAAGUAGCUCUUAAGUAGACGUGACUAUGUAGUAAUUAGAUAUUAAUGUAUUUAACAAAAAAGAAAAAGAUACAAAAACCAUUAUUUAGCGCGAUAUUUUAUAAGUUGAGAGAGAUAGCAGCAAUCCGUUCGAUUUGCUUGUAUAUUGCAUAUUGUUUAAGUCUUUUUUUUUA